AUGGCUAGUCGUUCAGAUGGGACUAUAAAACAAUGUCCACGUACUUUAGGUACUAUGUAUCAUUGUGAAGAACAGAUUCAACAAUUAAACUCCAAGUUAUUAGAAAGUCAACAACAAGUAGCGGUUGCCAUAUCAACAGAUAAAAAGAAAGAUAUAAUGAUAGAACAAUUAGAUAAACAACUAGCUCGGGUAGUUGAAGGCUGGAGAAAACGAGAACUAGAGAAAGACGAAUAUUUAAAAGUUUUAAUGAAGGAGAAAGGAAAGAUGGAAGAAAGUUUUCAAAAACAACAGCUGGUUCAGAAUAAUUUUGAUAGAAAGAUAUGUGAAAUGGAAGAGAAAUUCCAGUCAGAAAGAAUCUUGUUUACUGAACAAUUAAAUACACUAGAAAUCAGACUUAUCAAUAAGACACUUCAUUUUGGUAAUGACAGAUUCUUAUUUAUCUUAUCAGCAAGGUACUUUGCUAUACUCCUCAAGAGGGAAUGUGUAAUAAGUGAAGAAAGUGAUAUUUCCAGGUUAAACAUCUAG